UUUACUAUGAUUUAAGCAAAUAAAUUUAAUGUUUACAAAGUUAAUAAAAUUAUUUCAUUAAAUUAUUUCACUACCCAUAUUUUAAUCAUGAAUUAUUAUGCAAGCCCAACCCAUUAAUUACUAAGCCUAUUCUUUAAUCUAAAACCCACUCACUUUAAGCCCAAGUAACAAUCCUAGUUUUAUUAGAACUAGGAAACCCAAAACCCCACUUUUUAAUCAUUUAAACCCACCUAAAAUUUUCCACCUUUUUACUCCAAAAACUCACGUUCAACUUGCUGCUGCUACCGCCGCCUUCUUCUUCCCAUUCACGAUCAAACCCACAUUAAAAAAAAAAAAAAAAAUCUGCUUGCUGCUCGGCGACACCAGCCACCACCGACGCCACCACUGCUGCUCCGGCAUCCACCUCGGCCCCCUCCUCGACAGCAGUUUUUAAGAGAGAAUUAUUGGGGUGUUACACCAACCACCGCAAUUACUAUCACAGUAGUCCAGCCGGAGAUUUCCCUCACCGCUGCAGCAGCUCCGCAUCUCAAACACCUAUCACCGCAACUCCGUACUUCGCGCACUUAACAGAGCCCGCAACUCUGCCAACGACAGCAGCAAAUCAGCCACUGCACCGCAACAACCACCGACCCAAUUUCGCCUAUCAACUCCACUCCGGCGAUCCCUUUACCGCUGUCGGAGAUCGAAGGUUAGGGUUAGGGUUUGGGAUUUGGGGGUUGGGAUUUGGGGGAUUUUGUUGGAUUUCGUGGUGAUCGAAGGGGAAAGGGGAGGGUGGUCGGGGCAACGCCGACACCGGGGGAGGGGAAGGAGUCUGGGCGACGGCUGGCGCUCCGGGGGGGUUGGGCUGGGCAUGGGUGGCAGCGGGCUGGCCAUGAGUGGUUUUGGUUUUUUUGUUUUUUUUAUUUACUUUGUUUUAUUUAUUUAUUUUGUAUUCUAUUUAUUUAUUUUUUAAGCCAAUCAUACGUUGACACGUGUCUUGUAACAUGUAAUAUUAGGUUGGAUGACCGGUUGGGAGUGUUUUUGGCGAACGGGGUAUAAAGUUCGGAUUAAUAAAAAAUAAUCCAAGAUUGGGAUUAAUAUUGGCAGAUGAGGCAAAGUUGGAAUUAAUCAUGACAAUUUUCCCUUUAAAUAAAAUUCUUCUAAGGGUCAUCAUUCCUCUAUUUACUUUCUUUUUAUAAAAGUAUUUCAUCAAAUUUAAAAGUAAAGCUACCAAAAUAUACUUUUGUAACAUUUAUCCAUAAACACAUAUUAGACAAUUCGAAACUUAAUAGCCGAACUAAUCAAAACAUUCAUCUUUUUUAUUUAUUUAUUUAUUAUUAUUUUUUUCCUUCUAUGAAUUUAACCACUACAUAGAUCACCAUCAUCCCAAAUCACUUGGUAGAGGUGUCAAUUCUGGUACUCAGAUCGAGUUUAGUGAGUUCGGGUCGGCUCGAGUGUAUUUCAAAGUUGAGUCGUGCUAAGUAGUGCCACAAAAGUUUUGCACCUCUACCACUGUGACUGUGUAUAAUAUAUAUAUGUUAUUAACCCUAAUUUAUACUUGAGUAUCAUUACUCACAUUAACUUUUAUCUGAAAUUUUUUUUCUUAAACUUAUUUUAUUAGACCUUAUUAACCCUUAUCUAAUCUUACCUUUUUCUUGAAAUAAGAGAAAUCAAGGUAAACCAAACAUAACAUUGAUCGGUUUGUAAGGAGUUAGUGAAACUUUGGAUACGUUCUAUUCGCAAGAAUACAUGAUAUUUACUUAUCUGAACUUAUAUUAUUUUAUUAUAAACUUAUCGUUGAUGUAUUAACUCAAACUACUCCGUAAUUUUAGUUAAAAUUAAACUUCGGUCCUAAUAAGAUCUUAUCAAAACUUCUUUUUGAGCCUGAGCCCAUGUUCAUAAAGGUUAACCAUUAAUUCGUAUAACUAUGGUCCACUUAGUUCUAUAACCGAGUUUAUUCAUACAUUCUUAAUCAUACCACUACUUGUAUUUUCUAUAGAAGUUCCCUUUUGGUUGGGUUCACUCUGCUUCCCUCCUAAAUCCAGGUUCCUUUCCUCCCUUCUUUCAAUCUCUAAUUUUUCUGGGCUUUUCAUCAUUUUAUUAGAACGAGCUUCAAUAUUUCCCCCUUAUUAUUUCGGCAUCAAAUUUGACUAGAUUUAAUUUCCUCCUCGAAUUUCUCUGCAAAUAACAUCAAUUAUUUGUUGUUUCAGAAAACAACCCCAAAUUCGAGUUCCUCAAUUCCAACAUUCUUCUCUUCCGCCUGGUUUUGUUUCAAGUAAUGCAACAUGAAUAACCCAAUUAUUGAUCCAUUGCAAGGGGAUUUCCCUGAAGUGAUAGAAGAGUAUUUGGAACAUGGUGUUAUGAAAUGCAUUGCCUUCAAUCGUCGUGGCACCCUUCUUGCUGCUGGCUGCUCCAAUGGAAGCUGUGUCAUAUGGGACUUUGAAACUCGGGGGAUUGCGAAAGAGCUCCAAGAUAAAGAUUGUAAUGCUGCCAUUACAAGUGUCUCUUGGUCAAAGUAUGGCCAUCGCAUAUUAGCUUCUUCUGCUAACAGAACAUUGAUUCUCUGGGAUGUAGCUACUGGAGAGAAAGUUGCCCAAACAGCAUUGGAAAAAGCACCUUUGCAAGCCCGCCUUUAUCCCGGAUCUUCUACUCCAUCUAUGUGCUUGGUGUGCCCUGUCUAUUCCCCUCCUUUGAUUAUUGAAAUGAAAGCUGGAACAAUCACUGCUUUGCCUGCAUCAGUUUCAGAUGGGGGAGAUGGGCUUUCUGUUCCUUCCCGAAACAAAGUCUUUGAUGAAACUACUCCUCACAUUCCUGCAUGCUUUAACAAGCAUGGGGAUCUCGUUUAUUUGGGAAAUUCUAAGGGGGAGAUCCUCGUAGUUGAUCAUGAUAAGGCUCAAGUACGUGCCCUUAUUCCUCCAGCCGUGGGUGCUGUGAUCAAGAACAUUGUAUUUAGUAGGAAUGGACAAUAUCUUCUCACAAAUUCCAGUGAUCGGAUUAUUAGGGUUUAUGAAAAUAUGCUACCUACAAAGGAUGGUCUGAAAGCACUAGAUGAGAUGGAUGAAACUUUGAAUGAUCUUGGUUGGGUUGAGAAGUUGAAGGCAAUUGGAUCUAAGAGUUUAGUCCUAUACCGAGAGUUUCAAGACUCUGUAACCAGAAUCCACUGGAAGGUUCCCGGUUUUAGUGGUGAUGGUGAAUGGGUUAUUGGUGGCUCUGCUAGCAAAGGAGAGCAUAAGAUAUACAUAUGGGACCGGGCAGGACAUCUUGUGAAAUUCCUUGAAGGUCCAAAAGAAGCUUUGAUUGAUUUGGCUUGGCAUCCGGUUCACCCUAUUGUUGUCUCAGUGUCCUUUUCUGGCUCAAUCUUCAUAUGGGCUAAAGACUACACUGAGAACUGGAGCGCUUUUGCUCCUGAUUUCAAAGAGCUUGAAGAAAAUGAAGAAUAUGUAGAAAGAGAAGAUGAAUUUGAUAUCAUGCCUGAAACUGAAAAGGUUAAAGAUUCAGAGGCUAACCAGGAAGAAGAGGUUGAUAUUAUAACAGUGGAGCAUGAUUCAACUUUCAGUGACUCGGAUUUGUCGCAGGAAGAACUUUGCUUCUUGCCUGCAACCCCUUGUCCUGACGCUCCUGAGCAACAGGAUAUAAGUGUUGGAAAUUCACUGAAAUUGGUAGAAAAUAAUCACUCAGUGUCUCCUUUAUCAGCAGAUGCAGCACUAAAUGGGCUAGCUAUGAACCACGAGUCCGGUCAUGUUGAAGGUAUAGACAAUUCUCCUGCAGAAGACACAAGUGGACGCUUGAAAAGGAAGCGGAAACCCUCUGAGAAGGUCUUGGAGUCACAGGCAGAGAUGGUGAAGAAACCUGUGAAGAAGGCAAAGCCUUCAGCUAAAGCAUUGAAACCCAAAGAUAAAGUAGUUGAUGAAGAUAAUGGUUUAUCAGUAUCUGUAGAUGAGGUUUCUGAUGAUUAUUAUAGAUGAUCUAUUUCUUUAAUGUACACGUAGGCUCCUUUUUUUCCUCAGUAGCUGAAGGUCCUAUCCUAACUGUCAUAAACUGAGCAGGAAGUUAGGACUGUAAUGGUAUGAAGGAGACAAAAUUGUUGACAAAUGCAGCCUAUUUGUACAGGGUAUUUCGCUCUAGUUCCAUCUGCGUUGGGAGAUGAAAGUUACAGAGUCGAGCGUAGGAGUUAAGAUAGUGUUUUGUAGUUAGGUGAUAGUAUCUGUAGACAGCCAUUAAAUAUUCAAGAUUUUGCAUUUGCUUUUCCUGUAUUCAAGAGAUUUCAUAGAAGCAAUUGAAGCUAAUUAACCCUCCCCAAGAAGCGAUGUACGUAUGGUUUUUUCCUUUGUGUCAAAUGUUGAAAUGGAAAUGGUAACUCUUAGGAUCA